AUGAAGCAUCCGCUCUAUAAGUUUGUAAUCUGCAAUACCGGAUACGGUGUGAAAGAAGGCGCAUGUGUACCAUGUACUGACAACAACUGUGACUUAUGCAGCUCUGAUGCCAACAAGUGGACACACUGUAGUCUCGGGUUUACGCUGAGCACUCAAGGCAAAGCUUGUCUAAAAUCUCAUGGCUCCCCUCAAGUUUUUGGUUCUCUGUUUGUGGAAGUUCUAUCUGCACUGGCUGUCACAAUACUGUCUUGA